AUGGCCGAGCUGGUAGACGAGAAGAUCGUUGUGGCUCGGGAUGAAUAUGACGGCGACCACAGUCGUCGGACUGGUUCGAAAGCUGAGGAAAUUAGGAAAAUUGACGCGAUAGCAACUGCGCCCGGAGUCAGCAGAGCAGACUUUGCUCACAUCAACGAAAAGAAGCUGCUGAGACGAAUGGAUUGGCAUCUAUUGCCAACACUUACCGCCCUGUAUCUGUUGUCCUUCAUAGACCGAGGCAACAUCGGAAAUGCCAAAAUCGAAGGGCUUGCGGAAGACCUGCAUCUCACACCCGGACAGUACAAUUGGUGUCUCACUGCAUUCUUCUUCACUUACUGUGCUUUUGAACCGCCCAGCAACGUUAUCCUCAAGAAGAUUCGGCCUUCCAUUUGGCUUCCGGCCAUCAUGGUCGCAUGGGGAACCGUCAUGACCUUGAUGGGACUCGUACAAAGCUACGCAGGGCUUCUGACAGCUCGAAUCUUUCUCGGCAUCACUGAGGCUGGUCUGUUCCCGGGCGUGAGCUUUUAUUUGAGCAUGUGGUAUACGCGCUACGAGUAUCAAUGGCGAUUUUCUCUCUUCUUCUCAGCUGUCGCUAUUGCCGGCGCCUUCUCUGGUCUCCUUGCGUAUGGGAUUUCCUUCAUGAAUGGAAUCGCUGGUCAAGAAGGAUGGAGAUGGAUCUUUAUUUUAGAGGGUAUCGCGACGGUUUUAGUGGCUGGAGUUGCUUUCUUCACUGUCUACGAUUUCCCGGAGACCGCAAAGUUUCUUUCUCCAGAGGAACGGGCGUUCGUCGUUUAUCGACUCAAGUACCAAAGCCAGAAGUCAGAAGACCAAGUAGGGUCACACGUCGCCGAGACAGCAAAGCUCUCCUGGAAGGACGUUAAACAUGCCUUCACUGACUGGCAAGUUUGGGUGGGGGUUUGGAUGUUUUGGGGUAUAGUCGCCCCCCUCUAUGGUAUUGCGUUGUUCCUACCCACUAUCAUCAAAGAUCUGGGCUAUCGGUCGACCGAGGCGCAGCUUUUGACCGUGCCCAUCUACGUUUUCGCAGCCAUGUGUGCUGUCGGGUUCGCCUGGCUCUCAGACCGCGUUGGCAAACGAACGAUCUUCAUAAUCCCGCUGCAAUUCGUCAUUCUUGUCGGCUUCAUCAUGUGUAUCUCGAGUGGGAAACCUGGGAUUGUCUACGCAGGUAUAUUCAUUGCGGCGGCUGGAGUUUAUGGUUCGUACCCCGGCAAUAUCGCAUUGAUUUCAAACAAUCUGGCCGGAAGCGCCAAGCGCGCAGUAGGGAUGGCUAUUCACAUCGCAGGAGGAAAUUUAUCCGGAGCGAUGGCCUCGAACUUUUACAGACAGGCCGAUGCCCCACGAUACACUCUCGGUCACGCGCUAGAGAUUGGGUUUGUUAUCGCAGGUAUCAUGGCUUCGUCCUUCCUCGCCUUCAACUACAACCGUCUUAACAGAAAAAAGGCUCGUAAAUUGGCUGCGGGAGAGCAUAACAAGUACACCCACGAGGAACUCAGCGAAAUGGGUGACAGGGCUAUCACCUUCAAGUACAUGCUUUAAGCUGCAGGCCUUGAGAUUGAGCUUAGAUUUGAAAAGAUGAAUUCAGUCGUGUAUGGAAAAGAUGAGGAAUACGCGUGUGGCAUACGUUGAGUGCCGACGAUGUAAUUAGGUCGGUUGUUACCCUUUGUGGUCAAAUCCAUCGCUCAAAGCAACGUUUUUUCAAAUGAAGCUUGAACCAUCGUUAUAGGCCAUGCAUAGUUAAAAGCUCAAACCGCGAGUGUAAACCCCACGCCUAGUUCAGCAUGCAACGACGACAAGUUCUCAGAG